ACACCUCGUGGAAUGAUAGGACAAAAAGGCCAGCUUCUUCAACCAUCUGCCAUUUUUCUGUCUCGAACAUUCGGUCCCUGUGAGGGGCAACGACGGAGAUGGGCGGCAUCGCCUGGGAGGCCGGCUGCCAUCAUUAUCUUGCUUCAACGUCCUCGAUUCCACUCCUUCACUCAGAGCUUCUCCCCACAUCCGCCUUCUUGCUCAGUUGUCGAUGGAGAAUGAAGAAUUCUGCGUGCUUGCUUGCUCGUAGAGGCAGUUCCCGGAACUUCCGUGUCUUUGCAGAAUCCACUGUAUCUUCAGGAAAUGGAACUCCAGGUAACAAGGUGGUCAUGGUAGAUCCUUUGGAAGCCAAGCGCCUUGCUGCAAAGCAAAUGGAAAUGUUGAAAUCGAAGGAGAAGUUUCAAAACCAACGUCAAAUUGAAGCAAUCAAUGGAGCAUGGGCAAUUAUUGGUCUUACUGCUGGUGUGGUUAUUGAAGGCCGAACUGGACAUGGUAUUCUAGCUCAGUUGGCUGGCUACUGGAUGGCACUUUCUUUAUUCCUGCAGAAAUUCAUCACAGUAUGAUCGUACCAACAGCACUCGGUGCUACCAUGCAUUCGGAGUUCAAGUAUAAUCCUUUCUUUUUUCUUGUGGCUACCAAGGAUUGAAGAUGUUGAUUGAGGGAGCCUCCUAACACGUUUCACUUUUUGUUUAUUUGAUUGCAUCUUCCAUUUACUUUGCAACAGAUGAAGCAAGAACUGAUCAUAUGAAAGUCUUCAGGAAUUAAAGCGAUAAAUAGUGACAUAUAUAUAUAUAUAUAUAUAAUGUAACUGAUAGAAGUUUUUCAGAGCUCUGUAUAUUCUGAGACUUUAUUCAUCCAAAGCAUUCUCUCCACCAUUCCUUCAA